AUGGGUGUAAAUUUGGAAAAAACAGAUCUUUCCCCAAAAUCUCAGGGCAAAAAUAUUCAGCAGAUGAAGGAAAUUUAUGAGGAUUUAAAAGAAGCAAGACCAGUUCUGGUACCAAAAAAGCGCAAAAGAAAUGAAAGAAAUGCAGAGGACCAAACCCGCGGUGGCGGGCCCAGUCAUCCCACCCGCGAAACCGCCCUGGUACAAAUUGGUAAUGAAAGUGUUGAAAAAGACAGCGCUGUCGCCCUGGCUUGUCACAAACUUUACUUGCUUACCGGAAAUGGUGAAGUUCAAAAAAGGAGAGCACUUUUACGAAAUUCG